AUGGGGAAAGGCACACGUUCGCUGGCUGAUCAGCUGGCUGAUUUUGAAGAUCCCACACCUAAGGAUUUCGAUCCCGAGGAUAUCGAGAAUGGCGGCCAGUCAAGCGAUGACGAAGAUGUCGAGAAGCCUGACGAGAACGCCGGACGGGAGCAUUAUCAAGCUGUGGGCAAAGGAAAGCUCCGCAAGGAAGACCCCGUCGCCCUUGGAAAACAAUAUGAAGGCGCCCGUGUCAGCAGAGACGCCCUAGGCGCUGACAGCGACGAUGAUCCAUUUGCAGCUCGUUCCGAGGAAGACUCUGGCUCCGAGGAGAGCGGGUCUGACGACGAAGGCUCAGAUCUCGGCUCAGAAGUGGAUGCCGAAGAAUCGGGCGACGACGAGGAGGAUGAAUUGGAUCAGGAGAGCUCCGACGAAGAGAGGGACGAUGAGAGCGAGGAAUCUGAGGAGGAAGAACCACGCCCAAACAAGUCCAGCAAGAGCAAGAAGAGUGCCGAAAUAAGCCCCCUCGCCUCGGGUGACCGCGAUGAACUUCGAAGAUUGAUGGCCACAGACCAAAAGUCCAUUGCCGCGACGAUUUCUUCAGCGGCCAAGGCCGAUGCUACCAAGGGCAAGGCUGUGAAGAAGCAGCGUGCUACUUUUGAUGCCUUGCUGAACACCCGUAUCAAGCUCCAGAGUGGAUUGACGGCUGUGAAUAGUAUCGCUUCUUUGGGAUUUAACGAAAAUGGAGACAACGUGGACGGCGAUGACGAAAUGGUCGACGAGGAAGCGAUCAAAUCGGCAGAAUCAGCAGCUCUAGCGUUAUGGUCGACUCUGGAGGGUCUGCGAUCCGCCCUCGCCGACGCCAACUCCAAAGACGACAGCAAAAAGCGCAAGAGACCCUUCUCCGCCUCUCCCACCACCACUACCGCUUCACUUUGGGAGCGCAUGUCCGAAUUGGAAUCCGAAUCCAUCUCCCACCGCCGUUCCAUUCUCGACAAAUGGUCCUCCAAGGUCCGAGGCACUUCUGCAUCUCUCCCCAAUGCCCGCGGCAAGCUCCUCGGCGCUGCAGGCCGCCAGCAAACCAUCACAGCCGUCCUCGACGCCCAAGUCGCCACAGAGAUCGGCGAUCGAUCCUCCAAGCGCGCCCGCUCUUCGUCCGACCAGCAAGAACCCCUCUACGACGACGGCGCUUUCUACCAGUCCCUUCUCCGAGACCUCGUUGAGCAGCGCAUGUCCUCCUCCGAGGCUAUGACCAACGGCCUCGACCUGCACCACCUGCCCUCCCGUCUGCCCAUCCACCCCGUCACUGGUAUGCGCAACGACAAGGUGAAGCGAGAUGUCGAUACCCGCGCCUCCAAGGGUCGUAAGAUGCGCUAUACUGUGCAUGAGAAGCUGCAGAACUUCAUGGCUCCUGAUGAUCGGGCUUCCUGGACUACGCGCGCGCGCGACGAGUUCUUCGCUUCUCUACUUGGUCGGACGGCUAGUGGCGUCCUCGGUGAGGGCGAUGAGAGUGGGAGCGAGGCGGAGGAUGAUGACCGUGAGGAAAGUGGUUUGCGACUGUUCCGAAACUAG